AUGAGCCACAGCAACCCGCCGACAGGAGCUUCGGGCGGUCCGGGCUCGGCAUCGGCCUCGGCGGCUCCGGCCCGCGGGUAUUACUCGCUGAAGCGCAGCAUCCAGACCGCCUUCAAUGAUCCCUUAGACCGGGGCCUCGGCCCACCAGCUUACCAGAGCAAGGUCAGGGUCAUGGACAAGUACCAAGUUAUUGGCUUUAUUAGCAGUGGAACAUAUGGUCGAGUCUACAAGGCCCGUGGCCGCCAGGGCCAACCGGGAGAGUUCGCCAUCAAGAAAUUCAAGCCGGACAAGGAAGGCGAGCAGAUCACGUACACAGGCAUCUCGCAGUCAGCCAUCCGCGAGAUGGCUCUCUGCUCGGAGCUCCGGCACCCCAACGUCAUCCGACUAGUCGAGACGAUCCUAGAAGACAAGGCAAUUUUCAUGGUGUUUGAGUACGCCGAACACGACCUGUUGCAGAUCAUCCAUCACCAUACACAACAGCCCAAGCACCCCAUACCACCGCAAACCAUCAAGAGCAUCAUGUUCCAGCUUCUCAACGGAUGCCAGUACCUGCACACCAACUGGGUCCUGCACCGUGAUCUCAAACCCGCCAACAUUAUGGUUACGUCCUCGGGAGAAGUCAAAGUCGGUGACCUGGGCCUGGCCCGCAUCUUCUGGAAACCCGUGCGUACCCUCAUGCAGGGCGAUAAGGUAGUCGUGACGAUAUGGUAUCGCGCACCAGAGCUGCUCAUGGGUUCACACCACUACACGCCCGCCGUGGACAUGUGGGCCGUGGGCUGCAUCUUUGCAGAGCUGUUGAGCCUCAGGCCAAUUUUCAAAGGAGAGGAGGCCAAAAUGGACAACACCAAGAAGGGAGGCAGCCGAGACAUGCCGUUCCAGCGUCAUCAGAUGCAAAAGAUCGUCGACAUAAUGGGCAUGCCGACAAAGGAGCGGUGGCCACUGCUAACCAGCAUGCCCGACUACGACAAGCUGCCGCUACUACAACCACCCCUCAGCGCCUCGGGUUACUCCCAACAGGCGCCUCACAGCCACCAUCACCACCAACACUAUUCCAACCAAGGGCCCCAGUACGGAGGCAGGGCGGGCGGGCCGACAUCCUCUUCGUCAGCAAAUUCGUCGUCUGCUGCGGCGGCGGCAAGCCAAUCCCACCUGGACAAGUGGUACUACCACACGGUCUCGCAGGGCCAGACGGCGGGACCGAUGCCGCACGCCCCGCCGGGCAGCCUGGCCUCGCUAGGGGUCGAGGGCUACAAGCUCCUGGCGGGUUUGCUCGAGUACGACCCGGAGAAGCGGCUGACGGCCGCGGCCGCGCUGCAGCACAACUUCUUCAGCACCGGGGACAGGGUCAGCGCCAACUGCUUCGAGGGCUGCAAGGCCGAGUACCCGCACCGUCGCGUCAGCCAGGAGGAUAACGACAUACGAACCGGCAGCGUCCCCGGCACCAAGAGGAGCGGGAUGCCGGAAGACUCGAUGGCGAGGCCGGGGAAACGAGUCAAGGAGUGA